AGGCGGAGCGGAGCCGGCGGGAUCCCCGAGCCUCCUCUUCCCGGAUCCCAGCAAAUCCAGCCGCCGCAGCUCCUCUUGCCGGGCUCCGCAGCCGCAGCCGGCUCGGCCCCUUCCCGGGAAGCCCCCUCCCCAGGCGGGCCCCGCAGCCGCCCGCAGCCGCCCGCAGCCGCAGCCCCCCGCCCCCCGCCGCCGGGGAGCCGGCCAGGAUGUAACCUCGGACGGAGCCCGCCAGCCCCGGCCAGGAUUGGGGGUUUCCAGCACUGCUGGAGGGGAGCUCCUGGCCGGGCUGAGCCAGGGAAGCCGAUGACUGGGACAAUGGAAGGUCCUAGAAGGUGGGCCCCCGGGCCCGGUCCCCGACCUCGGGAGGAGCCCACGGGGCCGGCCCCGGCCCUGACGCCAUGAAGGGUUACCAUGGCAACCUCACCAGCCAGCCCCCCUACCACUGCCUCCCGGAGGACCGCGGCCGGCUCCUGGACUUCGGGCCCGUCGGGCCGGACCCCCGCCCCCUCUACCGCCUUGGCUCCUCGGAGCCCUGCUCCCUGGACCACCUCUAUUACUCCUCCCGGGCCGGGGUGCGCCUAGCCCCCGGGGCCGGGCCGAGCCUCGCCGAGCCGAGCGAGGCCGCGGGGGGCGGCGGCGGCGGCGGCGGCGGCGGCGGGCCGGGCAGCAGCACCUUCCCCAGGACGCACCAAGGCCCGGGCCCCUACGACGCCUGCGACGACUGCAUGGCCCUGGCGGCGGCCCACCAGCCGGGCAAGAUCGCCCGCCUGCCCCCGACCCUGCUGGACCAGUUCGAGAAGCAGCUGCCCCUGCAGCCCGACGGCUUCCACACCCUCCAGUACCAGCGGGCCGGGGGGCCCGGGGCGGCCGGGGGCCCCGGGGCGGCCGGGGGGCCCGGCGCCGCCCCCGAGGCCCGGAGCGAGAGCCCCAGCCGGAUCCGCCACCUGGUCCACUCGGUCCAGAGGCUCUUCGCCAAGUCUCACUCGCUGGAGGCCCCCGGCAAGCGGGAGUACAACGGGACCAAGGCGGAGGGCCGGGGCGGGGCCGGGGCCGGGGCCGGGGGCGGGGGCGGGGGCGCCGACGGCUACCACCACCACCACCACCACCAGCACCACCACCACCAUCACCACCACCACCAGUCCCGCCACGGCAAACGCAGCAAGAGCAAAGACCGCAAGCCGGAGGGCCGGCACCGGCCCAAGAUGAUGGGCUGGUGGAGCUCCGACGACAACCUGGACAGCGACAGCGGCUACCUGCUGGCCGGGCGGCCCGGGGCCGAGUCCGGGGCCCCGCCCUUCUGCCUGGACCCGCCCGACAGUGCCUUCCGAGAUCUGACCUUGAAGAGUCUCAAGGGCGGGGGCGGCGAGGGCCGCUGCCUGGCCUGCGCCGGGAUGUCCCUGUCCCUGGACGGCCAGACCGUCAAACGGAGCUCCUGGCACUCCCUGACCGUCAGCCAGGCCCGGGAGGCCUACCCCGGGGCCGGGCCCGAGCCGGACAAGUCCCUCGGCCUGCCGGACCCCAAGAGCAAGGACGGGGCUUACCACUACCUUCAGGUGCCGCAAGACGAGUGGAGCGGGUACCCGGCCGGGGGCAGGGACGGGGAGAUUCCGUGCCGCAGGAUGCGGAGCGGCAGCUACAUCAAGGCCAUGGGGGAUGAGGACAGCGGGGACUCGGACGGCACCCUCAGGAUGUCCCCCAAGGGGCUCUCCCGUCGUCAUGCCUACCGCCGCUCCUCCAGUGUGGACCAGGCUCGCAUCAACCUCGUACCUCCCAGGAUCCACCCCCGGGCCCCCGGCUACGGGCGUUCGCUCACCACCGGCCAGAUCAGCGAGGAGCUGAGCCAGCAGUUCGAGGCGGUGUGCGAGUCGGUGUUCGGGGAGAUGGAGUCGCAGGCGGUGGACGCCCUGGACCUGCCCGGCUGCUUCCGCAUGCGCAGUCACAGCUACCUCCGCGCCAUCCAGGCCGGCUGCUCGCAGGACGACGACUGCCUCCCCCUCUUCGCCGCGGGGCCCAGCACCACCCUCAAGCCCAGCACCUCCUUCCGGUACCGCAAGGCCCCGCCUCCCCCGGUCCCGGUGGGCCCCCAGCCCACGCCUCGCAUCUCCAUCACUGCCCAGAGCAGCACCGACUCCACGCCCGAGAGCUACCCGCCCCCGGAAGGCCCCGGCCUGGGCCCCGCCUGGCCCCAGGAACCCCCCGCUGGCCGCUGCGGCUCUGCCGACAACCUGGACGACGCCAAGGGCUCGGCCGUGACCCUGGACCUCGGGGCCGUCCAGUCCCGGGCUUCCCCGAAGCCCCCCACCCUCAUCAUCAAGACCAUCCCCGGGCGGGAGGAACUCCGGAGUCUGGCGAGGCAGAGAAAAUGGCGGCCGUCCAUCGGUGUCCAGGUGGAGACGAUCUCAGAUUCGGAUACGGAGAGCAGGAGCCGGAGAGAGUUCCACUCUAUCGGGGUGCAGGUGGAAGAUGAUAAGAGGCGGGCGCGGUUUAAGCGCUCCAACAGCGUGACGGCGGGGGUGCAGGCGGACCUGGAGCUGGAGGGGCCGGCGGGGCUGCCCGGGCUGUCCGUGGCCACGGCCGACAAGGCGCUGCAGUUCGGCCGCCCUUUCCAGCGGCACGCCUCCGAGCCCCAGCCCGCCCGCCCCCACUCCGUCUACAAGACCGUCCACACGCAGGGCCAGUGGGCCUACCGGGAGGGCUACCAGCUGGCCUACGAGCAGCCCGGCGGGGCGGCCCCGCUGGCCCCGCUGGCCCCGCCGCCUCGCCGGGACUCCUGGAUGGAGCGCGGCUCCCGGAGCCUCCCGGACUCGGGCCGGGCCUCCCCCUGCCCCCGCGACGGUGAGUGGUUCGUCAAGCUGCUGCAGGCCGAGGUGGACAAGAUGGAGAGCUGGUGCCAGCAGAUGGAGCGGGAGGCCGAGGACUACGACCUGCCCGAGGAGAUCCUGGAGAAGAUCCGCAGCGCCGUGGGUAGCGCGCAACUCCUCAUGUCUCAGAAGAUGCAGCAGUUCUUCCGCCUGUGCCAGCAGAACAUGGACCCCAGCUCGUUCCCCACGCCCACGUUCCAGGAUCUGGCCGGCUUCUGGGACCUGCUGCAGCUGUCCGUCCAGGACGUCAGCCUCAAGUUCGUGGAGCUGCAGCAGCUUAAGGCCAACAGCUGGAAGCUCCUGGAGCCCAAGGAGGAGGAGGGGAAGGCGCCUCCGCCGAUACCAAAGAAGGCUCCCCCGCGGGGGCGCGUGGCCCCGGUGAAGGAGCGCUCCCUGGACUCGGUGGACCGGCAGCGGCAGGAGGCCCGCAAGAGGCUCCUGGCGGCCAAGCGGGCCGCCUCCUUCCGCCAGAGCUCGGCCACCGAGAGCGCCGACAGCAUCGAGAUCUACAUCCCCGAGGCCCAGACCAGACUGUGACCCCCGCCCCCGAGGCCCAGGCCCCCGCUGCACGAGGUCACGCCUCCCUCCAGGCGCCGGGCCCCGCCCCCCGAAAGGCGCGAAGCCACACCCCGAGACCCAGGC